CCGCCCCCCCGUGCUGUCCCUCCCCACUCCCCAGGAGAGAGAGCCAGCACCGAUGAGAAGGGUGCCAGCGCUCUGUUUGCUACCCAGCUGGACGACAGCCUGUGCGGGCGCCCCGUUCAGCACCGCGAGGUCCAGGGCAACGAGUCGGAACUCUUCAUGUCGUAUUUCCCGCACGGCAUCAAGUACCAGGAGGGUGGAGUGGACUCCGGGUUCCACAAGGUCGCCCCGGACCACGCGUCCGUCCGGAGACUUUACCACGUCCAGGGCCGGAAGAUCGUCCGCGCCCGGCAGGUGGCGCUCAACUGGGAGAGCUUCAACACCGGGGACUGCUUCAUCCUCGACCUCGGGGAGACCAUUUUCCAGUGGUGUGGGACCAGCGCCAACUUGCACGAGCGCCAGAGGUCGGCUCAAUUCGCCAGCUCGAUCCGGGACCUCGAGCGUAAGGGCCGGGCUCAGGUCGUCACCGUACGGGACGGCGAGGAGCCCCCGGAGAUGAUCGAGGUCCUGGGAGCCAAGCCGUCGCUGAGGGAGGGAAGCCCCCAGGACGACGCCCAGGCCGAUCAGACCCACAGCAAGACGGCCGAGCUCUCCAAGGUUUCAGACGCCACCGGCUCGAUGUUGCUGACCCCCAUCUCGUCCAAAAGCCCCUUCGCCCGGUCGCUGCUCCAGUCUGACGACUGCUUCCUCCUCGACAACGGCAUCUGUGGCAAAGUGUACGUCUGGAAAGGUCGAGGCGCCAACGUGAAGGAGAAGCGGGCAGCCCUUAAAGUCGCCGAGGACGUCAUCGCGCGUCGCAGCUACGCCCCAAACACUCAGGUAACCGGGAUCUACCCGUGGGUAUUCCCCUCCGGAAUCUCCCCUAUCCUCACCCUCCCUCCAGGACUGUCUGCUCCUCACAACACCUGAAUCCCCCCCCCUCGU